UGGGAUGCUCGAGCGUACGACACACUCCUUGGGUGUAUUAACACACCCAAAGACUCACAACACUAGCUGGUUCAGUGUGACAAGAUGCUAAGAAGUGCAGUUACUCUGCGCUUGAAUUGGCUUGUAUUUUUUGUUGUUGUAGCCUAACAUUUAAAAACACUUUUAAAAUGUAAGACAAUGUAAGAAAAAUAUUUCACAGCAUUGCUCUUUGUUCGGAUUUUCUUGGUAAACAAUUUACAAGGCUAUGUCUUCUGUCACACGGAAAGAGACGGCAAGAUGCCCCACCGGAGGAAACCGAAGAUACUGGUCCGCAGAGGCACCUCACAGUAAAUCACCCAGGUUUUACACUGAUCCAUUGAGAGCUUCUGCGCACGAGGAUCGUCAAUCCACCAACCGUCCCUCUCCGGAAGGUGCUGGAUCCAAUUGCGAUCUGCAAGGUGGACCGAGCCAAAAAUCGAAUGUCGGCCCUCUUGUAUCUCGGAAGGGACAAUGUCUCGGUUCUUCUGGUCUCUCCAACGAUUCUGGAAUUAAUGCAAAUUCGGUAUCAGAGAGUUGGAACAUGAAGAAGCCUGACCGAAAAGUUAUCUGUGAGAAUUGUACUGUGACUUUGGCUGCGUUGAAGAGACGAGCGACUAGUCUGUCAAUACCAAACACAUUAUCAUGCAAGGAAUCCAGCCUGUCCGCUUUCCUCCAGGACCAUCUCCAGGCCCCCUGCGGAGCCCCUGAGUCCAGGCCCGUGUUGGAGCAGAGAGGCUGCAGACUCUGUGGUUCCCAGCCAGGCCAGUUGUGUCAGGAGGUCAUUCACAUGGUCCUGGACCGCGAGAGAGCCAAGUGGGCCAACCUGUCCGGAGCGAAGCCCUCCCCAUGGUCUACACCCACCACCAGAACCUCCUCCACCGCACCCCCACCACCCCCCAGCCCUCACCUCUCCACCAGGACACACAGACCCUCAGCCCGCGCCCUGAAGACCCCCAACAUGGAGAUGGGUCGCUGGGUGGAGGAACAGCGUCAGCUGGCAGCCACCAUGCCCAUGUCCAUAUCCUGCAGUAAAGAUGUAGAAGGAGUCCCCAUAUUCCCCUACCAGAGCAUGGAGGAGAGCUGUGGAGCCCAGCCAGUCUCCAGCCAGUCCAGCCCCAAGGCCACCCACACGUCCAGAGUCACCUCUAGCUUGGCCAGUUCCUCCGCCAUGUCCUUCCUGGUCAGGGCAGCUCAAAAACUCAACUUGUCGUCAAGGAAGAAGAGUUCAAGCUCCUCUCCCGCCUCAACUCAUCCUCUUCCCCAUUCGCCCCCCUGCUUCUGGGGUCUUCUCAAGAAGUCUCCUCCCCCCUUCCCCACCAGUCUCCUUCAAGCCCCCCACAGAGUUAAAGACUCGCCCAGCGCUGGCAAGGUCAAAGUGGUGCUUCGAAUGUGUCCCUCCUUUUCGCCUGACUCCUCCUCGCCGCCCGUUCUCAGAGUGGACCCCUUCAAGAGAAGGGUGAUUGUGAUGGAUCCAGUCGCCCAACGCUCCACACACACACUGACACACACACACGCACAGAUGCUGGCCACGCAAGCCAAGGUCCUACCCAGGACCUACACCUUCGACGCUGCCUACCCUCUGGACUCAGCCCAGACGGAGGUGUGUGAAGGCAUCUUGUCUGAUGUCAUCCGCUCUGUGGUCAGGGGGGCUGACGGCUGUGUUCUGUGUCUGGGAGAUGAUAAAGAGGGAAGGACCUACUCCAUGCUGGGGAGUGAUGAGAGCAGAGACAGCCUAGGGAUCCUCCCCUGUGCCAUCGCCUGGCUCUAUGGUCUCCUGGAGCACAGGGCUGGGGCUGGGGCUGGGUCCAGCCUGGUUGUGUCUGUGUCUGCCGUUGAGGUCUGUGGAGAGGAUGAGACAUUGAGGGACCUGCUGUCUUCAGUUGCUUCAGGCAAAGUUCAGGACAGCCCAGCCUCGGACAUCCAUCUGUAUCAGGACCCCAUCUAUGGAAUGCAGCUCCGUAACCAGCGCGUGAUUCAUUCCCCCUCUGCCGAACACGCCGCCUCCCUUCUGGAUGCAGCCAUCGCCUCCCGCCGCCAUGGCGCCAGGGAGAUGAGCGGUGACAUCACGGGGGUCCGCGGCUCACACAUGUUCUUCUCCCUCCACAUUGGACGGGCUCCGGCGGACAGCAGCUGCAGCAGAGUAGUGGGGGGUUACAGCAGGUUGACCCUGAUAGACCUGGCCAGCAGAGUAAAGAGGUCUGGAACAGCCUCGGACGGCCCCACUGCCCUGCCCAUGUCUGAGCUGGGGAACACUCUACUGGCUCUGCUGAGUGGCAACAAGCACCUUCACAACAGAGACAGCAGGCUGAACAUGCUUCUCCAGGAGUCUCUGGGGAACGUGAACUGCUGCACCACCGUGGUCGCUCAUGUCUCUGACUCACCUGCACACCUACUCCAGAGCCUCUCCACGAUCCAGACUGCCACACGCAUCCGCAGGGCACAGAAGAAGGCCAAGCAUUCUACUUCCUGCUCCCCUGAUGGGCGGAGCCUGAGCAGAGAGAGGCGAGGCUGUCGUUCUUUAUCGCUCCGAGCCUUCCACUCCACGAGCGAAGUGGACAUAGACCCGCCCAUUCUCCGUCUCCACGGCGACCUCGACGACCACUCCAGCAGUGACCAGUCUUGUGAUACAGUCAUCCACGUUAACUCUGAUGGUUCUGUCCAGUCCAGCCAGGACCGGACCCAGGGCCUAGUGGAGUUUGUUCCCAUCAUUCCCUCCCUCCAUCAGGGGAAGACCGAGCUGGAGGACUCAGAGCUGGCUACCCUCCUGCAGGAGCUUCUCAGCUUCUCCAGGCCAGAGGUGGAGAAGAAGAAGAAGAAAAAAGAGCAAGAACAGGAACAGGAAGUGACCAAACAGGAAGUCCUCUCAUCUCAGGGAGAAGGGAGCGAGCCUGAGAGAGAUUGUCUGAAAUGUGACACGUUCGCAGAGCUUCAAGAAAGACUGGGCUGCAUCGAUGGCAGGGAGACUGGCCCCUCCACACUCUCAUCAAACGAACCUGCCGUUAAUAUCACAACAGAGUCUCACAAGGACCUGAGCCAGACAGAAACCUCAUCCGAGAAACAAUCCUCCUCCCUGGAUGUCAGCCGUGGUGAGAUCAGUAAUGAGGCCCCAGCCAGUGAGAAGGUGUCGGAUGUCACUUUCCCAGGAGACAGCUUCCAGAGGGAGGACUCGGGUCUUUAUGACUGUGAGGAAGGCAGUGCAGCCAGCUCCAGUGAAGACCAGCCCAACCCCCCAGGUCCUCUCCUCCACCACACCCAGAGCCCCCAUCUCAACGCCAGCCUGCCUCCCCAGCACCAUGAGGUGCACACCCCCAUCAGCACCACCACCCCCAGCUCACUCCCUCUCACCCUGGAGCCCCCAGGAAGCAAAGAAAGCUCUGAAGGUACGGAUUGGCUGAAACCUGAGAUGAGGAUCUCACCAGCUGGCAAGAGCUCCCCCCUGUCCCCCUCCUCCCUCUUCUCCCCCACCACGCCCUUCUCCACCUCCUCCCCCUUCCUGGCUACCAGCGUUCUCUUGGGGGACAUCCUACCCCAGCUACCCACGGAGGAGGUCAGGGAGAUGAAGGCCACCAUCACGGUCACGGUACAGCAGCCACUGGACACGACCGGUCAGGACGAGCUGGUGUUCACCAUGGUCGAGGAGGUGACCAUCACCGGGGGUCUGGAGAGAGGGGGUCGCGGGGCCAUUGUCAGGACCAGGACUGCCCAAUCAUCUGCUCCGGUUCAGGGAUCUACUGGCACUCGACCAAUCAGGAUCAUCAGUAACGUCAGUGCGGAUCUUGCCGCUGACAGGUCCUUCGUCAAGGCUGUGGAGCCUGCUGUUGAUCAACUGGCUGUUGGAGAUGUGACUCCCACACGGCCUCGCCAGAGAGCAGAGAGGAGGGCCCUGCCUUCCUUCAUCAACCCAACACUAAGCGACCUGACAUGGGCUGGUGAUGUCGAGCUCAGUCACGCAGGGAAUCCUAGUGGAAGCAUCGCAGGAGAAGAACCGUUGUCUGGACUGCAGCAAGAAUGCAGAAAGGGGUGGUCUACACAGACGUCUGGAGCUGGGGUUGAUGCAACUCCCGAGAGAGACCACAGAACAAAGACUUGGAGCAUGGGUAGAGGCUGUGGAGAUGCUGUUUGUCAUUAUGACACACUAGAGAACAAAGCCCCAUGGAAGACUCACAACUCAGACAGGACCCACUGCAGAUGCAGAGAGCCACUUCACUCCCCCAGUAUCCCUCGGAGGUUUGGGAACUGUAACAUCGCCGCAGAGAACCCACCAGGGACUCGGUUACCUGGUUACCCGGUUACCGUGCCAACUGCCUUGAAAGCAGCAAGCCUGCCAAGGGGCUGCCAUGAUGUGACCCAACCAGAGAGUCACGCUGGCAGAGGUGACUGUCAUGUGACCAAGGACUUCAGGGACGGGAUGGCGUCAGCCUUCCCUUUCAGCCCUGGCGCGACCCUGGAGAGACACGCUCCCAAAUCGCUGUCCCCUGCUGGGCAGCGACGGCGUAAGGACAGCUUCCCCUCCUCCCCUGGGAAGAAACACAACAACACGGAGCACAGGCAGAGAACCGGCAGCGGCUGGGGUAGCCUGGCCGACAGCCCCCUGUCGGACCAGCCAAGGCCAUCCAGCCUGAGCGCGAGUCCAGAUCCAAGGAGCAGUGCUGGGAGGGUGAGGUCUCCCAUGGAGGAGAGCAGCAGGCUGUUCAGUGCCAAGCUGGAGCAGAUAGCCAGCAGGACCAGCUCCCUGGGCGGCUCCUCCCUGGACGUCCACACCCUGGACGGAGGCAGCAGCACCACCUCCGUCAGCUCCAAGGGAAGCCACGAGGGGGAAUCAUCCUCCCUCUCGUUAGCCCAGGCUAGCAGGAGUCCGCGGAGGUCUCCCAGGUCCAGCGACCCCUCCGCCUCCCCGGCUCAGUCCCCCAAACCCGGCCGGUCCCAGCUCUCUGCCGUGGGGAAGCUGAUGAUGUCCAGCCCCAAGGUGCGCAGGGUCUCUAGCCCCAGCAGCAGGAACCUGAGCUUCUCCCCCAGAGCCCUGCGGCAGAGUUCCAACCGGAGCACCAGCCUCUCCCCGGACGCCAAGGCCCCCGAGCGGACGCCGCCCUCCUCGCCGGUGGCCGCACGCACCUGGAGCCCGCGCCAGACCCAGAGCCCGCGAAGCAGCUCCACCAAGUCUCCUGUUCACAUCAUCAACGGGCGCAUCUCUGAGAUCCUGCAUUUGGGCAGAGACUCCGCCCCCAACCCCGCCUCGAACUCCGCCUCAGGAGGGAUGGACUUGGACAAGAUGGCCGCUUCGCCCUCCAGGUCUCCGGGAGAGGAGCUGACCUCUCACCCCUCGGCCCUCCCGGUGCCCUCGCCCUACAGCCGGGUGACGGCUCCCCGCCGGCCCGGCCACCUGAGCGGGCACACCAGCGACGCCACCAGCGUGCUGAGCGGGGAGCUGCCCCCGGCCAUGGGCCAGACGUCGCUGCUGUACAACAGGAACAGCGUGGUGAGCAGUGGCUACGAGAGCAUGGUGAGGGACAGCGAGGCCACGGGGAGCAGCGCCUCCAACAGAGACUCGCUCAGCAGCGACCGGAGCUGCUCCCUGAUCAGCGUGUCGGCACGCAGCGGCCGUUCUGCGCGGAGAAGGGGCAACGCAGGCUCCCACCCACGGCGUCCGUCCCAUGACGCGUCCCUGUCCCUGCGGAGGUCUGCCAGCGGUCCCAAGGGGCGCUGGGUUGACCGGGGCAUCCCUGAGGCCUACGAGAUCAAGGUCUACGAGAUCGACGAUGCGGAGAAGCUGCAGAGACGAGGGGUGCCAGGAAAACAGGUGAGGGAUCGGCAGCUUCAGCGCCAAGCUGAAGUUCGUGGAGCACCGGCAGCAGCGUAUCUCCCAGGUGCGAGCUCGCUACCACAGCCUGAGGAGGGAGCUGGAGCUGGCCAAACACCACCUGAUGCUGGAGCCAGGUCGCUGGAACCAGGAGUUCGACCUGUGGCAGACGUUCGAGGUGGACUCCCUGGAGCACCUGGAGGCCCUGGAGCAGGUGACGUCCCGCCUGGAGCGCAGGCUCAGCCUCUGCAAAGCCAGCGUCAUGAUCGUCACCUGCUUCGACGCCGCCAGCAAGCGCCGGACCAAGAAGAGACGCCGCGGUCCGCCGGAGCUGCCAGGCUUCGUGGGAAUCUGAACCGACGACGUCUGCUGGUGUUUUUGUGAAUAGGUGUAGGAGGACAGUCUGGAGGAGAGACGGGGGGGGGGGGGGGAUCAGUUUUCUUAGUUUCAGGGUUCAAUGUUGGAUACAAGCAGACCAGUGGUAUCCUUUAAAGUCUGUUUGGGGCUAGAGGGUCUAGUUGUGGAGAGAUUAGCUAACCUAGACCUGAGCCCAGGGGCUUGUUCUCCCUGCAGUGUCUAGAGAAUAGAGAAAGUGAGAAGUGAAAGAGUAUCCCGAACACAGACAAGUUUUGUACUAUUUUUGGUGCUCAUCUGACUUCCACUUGAAAAGAGUGUCUAACGUAGUCCAGUUGUGAAAAGUGUUUGGAAUGUAGUCCAGCUGUGAACAUGUCUCUUUGUUACCGUUGUGUGAGAAGGGAAUGAAAUCACUGUCUUCAAAAAAAACACAAAGCACUUACUGAAAUGGGGACUUGAAUGAUGUAUGCUCUGACGCAUUAGUGAUCAAUACUCACUGGUUUGGAAAAGGAUCAAUGUAAUCAGAUACAGUACCCACACAUGUAUGCAUUUCAUGCACAAACACACACGCAGAUUCAAGACCGAAAACGAUACGAACACACACACACACACACACUAGCUGGCUUGGUUGUGAAUUGUAUUUAUAGCAUGCUUGUGAACUCUGUAAACUUCACUUCCUCAUAUCUGUAUGUGUAAUGCUGUGCAUUCUUCAGCUUUCAAAAUAAAAAAAUUA